AAUGCGUUACUUCAAGGAUGUCUAUUGAAGAUCACGAAGUAGACUUGUUAGACUUAUCAAGUCCUGACGUUAAACCGUCGAAUUCAUCAAAUAAUUUGGUCCAAAAGCCUUCCAACGUUGUUGAAAAUGGCUGUAAAUCAAAACAUGAAGGCGACCCUAUUAUUUCAGUGCCCCCUGUCAAAGAACAGUUAUUAUUACAUUUGGAUGUCUCUCAGGCUCGUCUUGUUAAAAAUUAUGGUUUAUUUCCUAUGAACCUUUACUGUCGAAUUCGCAUUGGGGAUGCCAUCUUCGAAACUCAGACUGCACUUUCAGCUGGCAAACGUCCUUUUUGGAAUGAAACAUUCCAAUGUUGGUUACAUGGUGAUGUUGACAGAUUAACAGUAGAAGUGUUUUCAGAAAAUGUCUUAUUUUCCGAUUCACAAGUAGCUAAUGCUGUGAUAAUUUUCCCUCCAUCUUUAUUUGAUGGUGUUGCUUUAAAUCAAUGGUUUUCGCUCAGUGGAAAGCAAGGAAAAGAUUUAGAAGGUUCAAUUAAUCUGAUUUUCCGAUGUCGAAAAGUACCAGUAAACCUUCCAGUUCUACAGUCCAGUCCAUUAUAUUGUCAACCACGACUAGGUGAAAUCGGUGGUAUGACAGUAUUACCUAAACCAAUAUCUACUGAAGAUGUUCAAUCAAUACAUGAAAUUUUCCCAUCUGUUGAAGAUGAUACCAUUCACUCACUUUUAACAACACAUCAUGGAAAUCGAGAAGUUGUUAUCAAUGAACUACUUCGUAUGACAUCAGAAACUUAAAACUGUAAAAUGUGAUUAUCAUCAUUGUAUUAUCAUUUUCCGUUCUUUUUGUUGUUGUUUUUAUUUGAACAAAUUUUAUUGCUCGUAAAUCAUCUCGCCCCCUGAAAAUUUGUCCACGUUUUAUUUUAUUUACUUAUCCAUCGAUUGUUGCUUGUUUUCUCCAUAGAGUUACAUUAUGUAUCUUCAAAUUGUUAUAGCCUACUGUCUUCUCUAAGAUAUAGUUAUCAAGAUUAUCUCGAUAAAACAAUGCUAUUAUUGUGAUGUUUGCUAAGUGUACUUGUAUUUUUGUGUCUUCCCUUCAUGUCUUUUUUUCACUGAUUUUUACCUUUUCUACUAAUUUAUGUUUUCAUUCUCAAACAUAUCCUAUUUUUGUGUUACAUUACAUUUGUUCUCUAGCUAAAAUACUUUAUUACUUUACUGAUUGUGGUUAUAUAUGUGUUCCUGUUUCUGUCGUUGUUAUUCCUAGGCGUUUGCCUUCUAAAAAUGAUGAUCAUAUAAUUUAUAUAUAUAUGCUCUUGUUUUCAGGAUUUUAUCUGAACAGUUUCAGUACUUCGUUGUUAUACGACUACCGAGCAUUGUUUUGUUGGUUUGUUUGAACUAAACAGUUAUUGGAUUUUCUGUAGUAAUGUGACUGUCAAAUAUGCUUUUUUUGUUUCUGUGCAGAUAUGCAUAUAUUUAUCAUAAUUAUGAGCUAUUAUGGUUGGUCAUUCAAUAACUGAUUCUGCCUGUACCAUUUCUUAAUUUUUACACUGUUUUUCGAGCUGAAAAUUGAUUAAUUAAUAAUAGCCCAUUUUACCAGUAA